CAUUAACUCCUACCCCAUCACAACAACAACUAACUUCCCAACAGCUUAAACUAGAAAGAGUUUUGAGGCAAAAAUGGCAACUUCAGCAAUCCAACAAUCUGCAUUUGCCGGCCAGGCAGCGCUCAAGCCACAGAAUGAGCUCGCCCGCAAGGUCGGUAACGUCGGAGGCGGCCGCUUCACCAUGAGGCGUACCAUCAAGAGCUCUCCCCAAAGCAUCUGGUACGGACCAGACAGGCCCAAAUACUUGGGCCCAUUCUCCGAGCAGACCCCAUCGUACCUCACCGGGGAAUUCCCCGGUGACUACGGCUGGGACCCUGCAGGACUCUCGGCCGAUCCCGAGACCUUCGCCAGGAACCGGGAGCUGGAAGUUAUCCACUCCCGUUGGGCCAUGCUCGGCGCGUUGGGCUGCGUCUUCCCCGAGCUCCUCUCGAAGAACGGCAUCAAGUUCGGAGAGGCCGUGUGGUUCAAGGCCGGAUCCCAAAUCUUCUCCGAGGGCGGGCUCGACUACUUGGGCAACCCCAACUUGAUCCACGCCCAGAGCAUCUUGGCCAUCUGGGCCAGCCAAGUCGUGCUCAUGGGCUUAAUCGAAGGAUACAGAGUCGGAGGAGGCCCGCUCGGGGAAGGCCUCGACAAGGUCUACCCCGGCGGGGCCUUCGACCCAUUGGGCCUGGCCGACGACCCAGAGGCCUUUGCUGAGCUCAAGGUGAAGGAGCUCAAGAAUGGAAGAUUGGCUAUGUUUUCAAUGUUUGGCUUCUUUGUGCAAGCCAUUGUGACUGGAAAAGGCCCAAUUGAGAACCUGUAUGAUCAUGUGGCUGAUCCAGUAGCCAACAAUGCAUGGGCCUUUGCCACUAACUUUGUGCCUGGCAAAUGAGAAUCUGCGUAGAUGUGUUGUACACUUUGGAGACUGGGUUGUACCUUUCAUCAAAUGAGUGAAUAUGUUUUGUGGUCUAAAA